CUGAGCUUUUUCGUGCUGGUAUGCAGGAUUUUACCUACUGCAUUGCGUCAGGGAGGGUCGAUAAGGCAAGGGCUGUUCGCUGUGAGCUGUGUAAUUUGUGACUCCGGAUAAUUUAAUUCAGAUUUAUUCAAAAUGGACCAUCCUAUGCCAGGACCGUUUAACGAGCCCGAGGAGGAAAUAUAUGAAAUGCCGUCAAGGAGUGUACAUCAAACGGACAGGGCGACUCAGUUCGUGAAUCCUGUAUUGGCUGGCGAGCCGGUGUGCAUGACGCUUUUCCAGCGUGAUCUGCUCAAUGAGAUCAUCGAAGAACAAGUUAAAAAGCGAUUUGAAGUUUAUUUUAGAGACCAUGAGAGAUCUAGAAUGCUUCAAGGGUUGGCAAGCUUCUGGGUGACGCACGCCAACAACUUUAAUAAAGAAUGCUGUUUCGAAUCCGUGAACUCCAGUUUUAACAUGGCGUGUCCUCGCCACACGCUCAGAGAUGCGGCCAACGACAACAGGCCUGUCCAACAAGUCAUAUAUGUGUCUAGUGACGAGGAAGAUGGUAACGGAGAUUUUAAUGGAGCCGGAGACGGACACGGCAAUGGCAACUUACAUGGCAACGGAAAUGACCAUGGACAUGGUCAAGGAAAUGAGCAUGGACAUCAAUAUGGUAAUGAGCAUGGACAUCAAUAUGGUAAUGAGCAUGGACAUCAAUAUGGUAAUGACCAUAGAUAUUACGGAAAUGCAGGUGGCAAUGCAGAUGGAAAUGCUGAUGGAAAUGCUGAUGGUAAUGAACGUGUAAGGAUCACUAGAAGAUGUGUCGCGAGCUCAGUCCAUAUAAUUACGGAGUCUCAGGAAUUUGCCGUCUCAUCGUCCAACGAUCGUGGAUCGUCUUCCGGGAUCAUAGACUAUUUGCCGAGCACUUCAGGAUAUUCUGCUAGAAGUGCCGAGACGCAGGUCAACCACGAAGUGCCACGGCCCUUGACGGACACCGAGCGAAUUCGCAUUAACCGCCAGAUCGACCAUUCGAUCAAUGAGAUGUUUAGACAUGAAGUACAAAUGGCCGAUGACUUCAAUGCAGCGCUGCAUCACCUGGUCUCCGGAAACGCGUCGGACAAAAAUGAACAAAUGCUCAUUGAAUACCAAAACUAUUAAUUAUCACGAGGCUUUUUUAGCAAUGACGUAUCAACUUGCAUUUUGCGGAAUACGAAAGAAACUGAAAUUAAUUUUGUGAUUAAAUUUAAAACGUUUUAAUUUAUCGUUGGCUCAAAAAAGCGUUUGUAAUGUAAAAAGCACAUAAGAUGCUCUUUAAACCAAAAACCACCAUCACGAAUUUUCUUGCCUUAACUGGCUGGUUAGAGGGCUAUAUGAUCCUGGGAGGAAUACACUUCGGGUCUGUGCCUGUGAUGGCGAAAUCGCGAAAUAGGCGAAUUUAAUUUUCGACAUGGCGAGUUGCUCCUGCUAAUUUAAUUUAAUUUUAAAGGCGGCUUAGUCAGUUAUUGUCUGACACCACUUAUACCACCCAUUUUAUCCCUCGAGGGAAUGGGUGUCCAAGAGGACCCCCCACCUUAUAAAAAAGGUGUCAUAGUAUGUAAGUUAGAGUAUUGUGGCCACCUAGGGCCAUCUAUGUUUGUCCUGCUUAUGCCUUAAACGAAGGCAGUUCUCCCGCAAAUCCAAAGAUUUUUAAACAACAAUUUAAUCUCAUUCACUCUCUCUCUGGAGCUCUAACCACCGGCAACUUGGACCCUGUUUUGAUGCCGGUUGGCGACUAUUUAAUAUAUAUUUCUAUGUGUAUGUGUAUAUCAUUAAUAUUAAACGAAAAUGAAAAAAAAAAUCUGUGUGAUGAGUCCUCGUUUGUGCACGUAUUCGUGUUUAAUAUUUAAAAAAAAUGGAAACUGGUGAAUUUAAGCCGGUGGAAAGGGUACGUGUAUUAGAUAACUCUGAUACACACUUUUGAAUGAUAAAUGUUCUCUUUAUGUGAAUUGUAGAUUAGAGGAAAUGGGUUGGUGACGAAAAAAACCUCAACAUCGAAAGUUUUCAGUAUUGUAAAGAAAGCUCAAAAUAAAAUACAUUUUUCUGUCCUUUUCCACCCGUUUCCUAUGUAGUUUUAUAUUUAAGAUGUCUGUAGUUGAACCACUUACAAUUUAAUGUCUAUGUGAACUAACUAUCUUAAGUGUCAAAAUUAUUUGAACUUUAAUAUUAAAUUUUCCGAAUUACUACGUCACAUUUAAUGUACUAAAUUAUACAGUUCCAGCCUAUAAAUAUAGAACUUAAUUUUACCCAGUUUCGAAACAAAAAAUUUACUAUA